CGUUAGUCCCUCAACAAAAGUAAAGUAAGUAAGUUAACGUUAGUCCCCCCAGCUGGAUAUUGUUGUAUUGAAUGUGUAAGAAAUAGCUAUGUAAGAGACCGAUAGGUUGAGGGACUAACGUAAUUUACUUCCACUAGCUAGCUACCAUGAAGGACUAAUUACUUCCACUAGCUAGCAUGACUAUAGCCAGUAGUAGCCAGGUAGGGCUAGCUAGCUAGGCAGCCUGCCAGCUAGUCAGUUAGCAGUAACGUUAGACUUUCAUUUUCGCUUUCUUGUUCAGCCACAGUUGUUGUCAGAAUAGGCUGCAAGAAGUUGAGCGAGAACAAGUUGAGGAGAACGCCACGCAGUGCACACUUGACUGGCUGAAGUGAAAGUGACGUCUUGACUGGUGUAAGCACGGCGACUAAACAUGUCAGACGUAGAGGACAUGGAUACAACCCCAACCCCAGAGAUGAGCAGAAACACUGAAGCCUCUGGACCUGAACAGCAAGGGCCCCAUGACUAUUCGCAAAUACAGGUUCAUGUUCCCACAGGAACACCCAAUGGCCAUGGAACAGUGAUACAGUCACAGCCACAACGGUCUAGUGUUACUCAAAGUGCUUUGACUGAUAAGGACCCAGAUCUUCAUCAAGCAGAUCAUGACUUUGAAGUGAAGCAUCCCUCAGCACCCCAGUAUGACCUCAGCAAUCCUCAGUCAUCCUCUUCCAAAGAGAUCAAUGGAGAUUCUCCUGCUGAAGGAGAGAAUGUCUCUACUAGAAACAAACAAUCACAGAGAGAUCCACAUUAUCCCAUCAACCCCCAAAGUGCUCCAGAUGGGGACCUGAAUCAGGCAAAGGACGAGACAGAGGAAAAGCAGACCACUGGACCUCUAGAUGAGGCUACUGUCUAUGUCAAUGUGGUGUGGCCUGGGAAACGAUCAUUGUCAUGGAAGUCUACACUUCAGAAAAGUCUCCAGUCAUGGUUGAAUAAUAACUUAACAAAAACAGAUUGCACCGUGGAAAGGCUUUUGGACAACAGAAACGUGGCAGAAGUAAAGAUACAUCCCCCUUCAGCCAUUGAGGACCUUCUGAAGUUGAAGGAAACACAGAUUACCAUAAAAGACAAGGCCAAGACAACAGCCACUGUGCAGUUUCACAGAGAUGUACCUCCAACAUUUAAAUCCUGCAAUCAAUCAAGCAGUAAACCCAGCUCAAUAGAAGUAUUGCCUCCAACAUCCUCACACACUCCACAGGAUGUCAAAUGCCUAAUGACUGUAAGUGCUAGUCUUGACAUUGAUGGCUACAAACCUGAAGUACGAGCUGCCCUUCUCAGUCAGUACCACACCAUCGAUCACAAGUUAGCUGUAAAAGGGACCUUUGAUGAAGUGAAGCAGUUCCACAAGGAGGUGACCAAGAUCAUCAGGGAAGCGGAAGCCGAGCCAGAACGGGGUUGGAACGAUGGUGCAGACGCAGCACAAAGCAUGACUCACAAUGGAAAGAAGACCCAUGAAGACCCUGGGCAGAAGAAAAUGGCAGUCCCACUAAUCCACUUUUGGUACUUGAACCAGGCCUACCGAAAGGAGAUGGAGGACAUAGAGAAAAGAAAUGGAGUCAAAAUCAAUGCAGAAGUGGAGGUGUACAUCAAAGAGGACCCACAGAAAACAGGCAGAGAUUUUAUGCUGACCAAAGCCCACCAGGAGUUCAUUGGCCUCUUCCAGAAGCGUGUAGUUGAUUUUGACAGCAUUUCCACCCAUCUGACACCUGUGGAUCCAGGAGACCUCAUGAAUACGCUGAGAAACAUCCAGAAUGAGGAGACCAGGCUGGUACUAAAUGUGUCUGCCAAUGGGUGUGAUGUGUUUGGGCCGAAUCAGAGCAUCGUGGCAGUCAGGAAGGCUAUUGGAAUGAAGACUACAGUAAUGACCUUUGGAAUGGAUCACAGCUACACAGAGAAAGCAUCUGAAUUUGCUGGGGGACCUGUUUUGAGAUCUCCAAAAACACCACGGAUGAUUAGGAUGGACAUCAAAGAUCCACUCUUGUCACAUGGGCUGGCCAUGGACCAGACUCACUGGGAUCUGAUGAAAUCUGCCUUUCAUGAGAAAAUAACAGCAAUCAAAAAUAAAUUUGGAGUGGAUUUCAUGGAGGAAAAGUCUCCAGGCAAGGUCAAAAUUAAAACCAGACCUACAACAUCAUCACACACUCCACUGGUUGUCUCUCUGGAAAGCCACGCCAUCAGAGCUCUCAUGCACCUCUACCAGAAGGUUGCGACAUCAGCGAUGAGCUGCCACCUGCUGGACCCUACCCAUGCAAAGACUGUGGGGGACAAGCUCGAGGAGAUCCACCCUCGACACCGCUGUGUCUGGGCAGGAGGAAACUACGCUCCCUGGAGGUUGAUCGGCCUACCGCAACAUUUGGGCCCUGCUGUCAAAGAGCUAGAGAUGAAGCUGAAAAGGCCUAUGUUUAAAGAAGAAGACAAGCACAAGAUUGGGUAUGCUGGAGACAGAUCCAGCGCUGGAGCAGCCACGGGGGGAGCAGCUGGAGAUGGAGGAGCAACAGGAGGGGCUGAAGAAGAUAAUUGCACCAUAUGCAUGGACACAUUUACCAACAAGAAGAAGUUGUCCUGCAGCCAUGAGUUUUGUGCAGAUUGUCUGAGGAAGGCAGUGGAAUUCUCAGGCCCCAGCUGUCCUUUGUGUAAGGUUGUGUUUGGAAAGGUGGUGGGAGACCAGCCUGAGGGAACAAUGAAAGUGAAACAUGAAAGGUCACUCAGCAUACCUGGAUACCCUGGCUAUGGCGCGAUAGUUAUCAACUAUGAUAUACCAAAUGGAAAACAGACGAAGAAACAUCCCAAUCCUGGAGAGUGGUUCAGUGGGACCUGUAGAAUAGCUUAUCUACCGAACAAUGAGGAGGGCAACAAAGUGCUGAAGUUACUGGAGAGAGCUUUCGACCAGAAGCUGAUUUUCACAGUUGGGACCUCCAGAACCACUGGGACAGACGACUGUGUGACAUGGAAUGACAUUCACCACAAGACCAACAUCAAUGGAGGGGCACAAGGUUUUGGUUACCCUGACCCUAACUACCUCAGCAGAGUGAAGAAUGAGCUGAAAGCCAAAGGCAUUGAAUGAAGACAGUCUUGAAAAUAGAACAGACUAGUUCAGUUGAGAUUUUCAACUGUUUACAAUAGAUCCCUUUUAAAGAGUUGUGAAUGACACGGGCUGAUCCAUAAUAACAGUACGCUUUCUAAUCAAACAUGUAUUCUAUGAAAUCAAGAUGUUUGUUGAUUAAUAUUUGCCAUAUUUACAAUAUCACUGUACCCUCUGAGUGGGUUGUUUUGACUAUACUAAUGUACUACAAUAAUAUUGUGGAAAAUAGUUGUUGGUGUCUGGAACCAUUUUGGUCAAGAUUCUUUAUUUUUGAAGCCAUACAUUUGUCUAAACAAAUGGAAACUUUUGGGGUUUAGUUUUGAUUGGUGUACCAGUAGUUCAUACUUUUUUUAGAUACAGUUGAAGUCGGAAGUUUACAUACACCUCAGCCAAAUACAUUUAAACUCAGUUUUUCACAA